AUGAGCUUCCAGACGCCCAUGCGGCCGGUCCCCGGCGCGUACCUCAACACUCCCGCCCUCGCCUCUCGAUUCCAGCCGGGCCCCGAUCCCACGCGUCGACAAUUGUUCCAGCCCUCGAGGCCCACGAUCGACUCUUCUGGGAAUUCAGGCGCAUCCGCGUCGCCCGGAGCACAUAUUGGGGCCUCUACUUCAGGUGCUGUCGGUACACCUGUGACUCCAUUGGCUCCAAGGCAAGAUGCGGUGGCACCUGUUGUCAAGGCAGCUAAUGCUGUCGCGGAUGCUCUACGAUCCGAUGAGAACUUCCCAGAUUUGGACAACUAUAUCAGGCAGGGUGUAUCAUCCGAUUACGAACUCUCUGAUCCGGACUCCAGCACCAGUCCUUUCCACAAAACCAACAUGUACCCGAUUCCAGACCAAAUCUUCGAGCACUUGAAUCGCGGGCAAUUGCAAACAACCAUGGGCUUGUUCGCCGACAUUAACCAUGCAUGGGUAGUCAUCGAUAAUUCGCUGUUUCUCUGGGACUAUACGAUACCCAACCCAGAACUCGUUGGCUACGAGGAGCAGUCUCAUUCCAUCGACGCCGUGGCUCUGGUCGCACCGAAGCCCGGCAUUUUCCUCGAUUCGAUCACACAUAUUUUGGCAGUUGCAACAUCAGCAGACUUGAUCCUUCUCGGCGCUUCCGUGUCUGCUACCCCCUCCGGCAACAAAUCCGUAGCGCUCUAUCAGACAAAGAUGAACCUGCCGCUUCGAGGAACGCGCGUGAGCGUCAUAUCAGGCACGGCAGACGGACGAAUCUUCUUCGGUGGAAGUAGCGACGUUGAUCUGAACGAGCUUUACUACCAAUCGGAGGAGAGGUGGUUUUCGAAUCGAGUUGGUAGAAUCAACCAUACGAACCCCGGAUGGUCGUCAGUCGUGUCUUUGAACUCGUCAUUGUGGUCGCAAAAGAGCCCAGAAAGCUUGAUGGAUAUUGUCGUCGAUGACUCGAGAAAAUUGGUGUACACCCUCUCCAGCACCUCGACGAUACGAACCUAUCACAUGGACUCGACCCACAGCUUGAAGAAAGUCAUUGAGAAAGAAAGACUCAGUUGUGUGCGCGAUAUCACACAUAUGACAAACGAUCCCAAGCUGUUCUCCAACAGCAUGCAGAUUGUUUCAAUCAGUCCAAUAUCAAGGCAAGAGGCUUCGAAACUACAUUUGACUGCGCUCACAAACACUGGGUGCCGCCUUUUCCUCAGUGCCACCAAUGCCUCCGCAUUCUACAGCACUUCGACGAACCUAGCGCCUCAGAGUAUGCAAGUCCAGUUCAUCAAACUGCCGUGUGAAUCGAAUGCGAGGUUCACCAACUUGGGCGGUCAGCAGGGCAUCGUCCUCAAGCCGAGCAGGAAGGGAUCACGUUUCCCACCAGGCUACUUCUUGGACUUUGUCGAUAACAACCCGGAUCAGAACGAUUUGCUGUUCCUCUCUACCCCUGAAACGGGCAAAAUCAAGAACCCAGUCUCAGCUGCUUCCACAGUGAAGUACCCUGAGGCUGCCAACUGGUUAGAAAUCGGCAGUCGUGUCGAGGCAGUGGGUUUGAUCACGAAACCCUUCGCCGCUGCACCACAGCCGCUUGGCUUUGGAAACGAGCUGGCUGUUCAGUUCGACGAAGCUCCAACCGAGUUAGCGGUUCUGACCAACACUGGUAUACACAUCAUCCGCCGCCGGCGAUUCGUUGAUACAUUUGCCGCCAGCAUCAGAUAUGCAUCUGGAGAAGAAGGAUUCGACAAGAUUGCGCGAGGGUUUAUCCAGAGCUAUGGUCGUGUUGAGACCGUUUCAGCUGCGCUUGCAGUCGCAUGCGGUCACGGAGGAGAUUCGAGACCAGGCGCGCCACGCACGAGCGAUCCAGCCACGGAGGACCGUGCGAAGACCGUUUUUGUCGACUACGGCGGUGGUCCUACUAUUACCGAGACAGAUGGAGCAACCCUCACGACCGAGUCUGUCAAGCUAUCGUCGCGCCACGAUGCUCUCGCUCUGUAUCUCUCUCGGCUUGUUCGCAAGCUUUGGAGGACUCCUGUCAUCACACUCGGGGCCGCAACUACUGGUGGCAUUGCUGUCGUCUCCACAAUCCCCGUAACCAAGUUGGCCGAGGUGCAAAGCAACAUCAACAGACUUCGCACAUUCCUACAUGAAAACCGUACCUUGAUACGGGGACUCUCUGGGCCAGCCGAUUUGCAGCGGGUGACUUCACGUCAGGAAGAGGUCGCCCUUCAGGCGGAGCAUCAAGCCCUACAUGCGCUCCAAAAACUGAUGGAGAGCAUCUCAGAAGGCAUAUCCUUUGUUCUUAUGCUGUUCGACGAGCGCGUAUCCGAUAUUUACCUCCGUCUGGAUGCAACGGCACAAGAGCAAUUCAAGGCUUUGACCUUUUCAAAAUUGUUUGCCGAAGCUGAUGGCAAGGAGUUGGCCAAGAUGGUGGUCAAAGCGAUCGUCAAUCGCAACAUUGAGAGCGGCUCAAACGUGGAGACGGUUGCCGAUGCUCUGCGUAGAAGGUGCGGCAGCUUCUGCAGCCCAGAUGAUGUUGUCAUCUUCAAGGCACAGGAGCAGCUCAAGCGCGCUUCUGAGCAAUCCCUAAGCAACAGUCAGCGAACAUUACUGCACGACAGUUUAAGAUUCUUUGAGAAGGUCGCCGGCAGUCUCACCUUCACGAACUUGCAAGCAGCUGUCGCGCAAUUUGUAGAGCUCAAGUACUACGCUGGGGCUGUUCGGCUCUGCUUAUCUGUGGCACGAGAAAAGGAUCGCGGCAACAUCGCUCUCUCCUGGCUCAACGAUGGCAAGCCGCCCAAUGAUCCUCGCGAGGAGGCUUACAAUGAGCGCAAGCGCUGCUAUAACACUAUCCAUGAAGUACUGACCAAUCUCGAUACCGCGGCCAGUUCUGAGCCGGAAACAGUCGACGGCAAGCUCACGCUGAUAGCGACCAAGCGACACGAGGCGUACGGCGUGGUGAAUGAAUCCGACGAUGAAGUCUUUCAUUUCGACCUCUACGAUUGGUACCUCAGGCAAGGAUGGACGCAGCGGAUUCUGGACAUUGACUCGCCGCAUGUUGUCACGUUUUUGCAGCGCCUUGCAAAUGAAGAUGUGCAGCAUGCCGAACUCCUCUGCCGCUUCUACACCAACCGCACGCGCUACUAUGAAGCCGCGCGGGUGCAGGUCGGUUUGGCAAAUUCUGACUUGGAACUGGGUAUCAAAGAACGUAUCAGGCUUCUCAGUCUUGCAAAGUCCAAUGCUAUGGUGUCCACUGUCGGUAUUGCUCGCCAGGAGCAGCAACUGCUGACCCACCGAGUCUCAGACCUCCUUGAGGUUGCGAAUGUGCAAGACGACCUGCUCGAGCGGAUAAAGUCGGAUGCGAGAGGCACUGAUGAGGUGAGGGCGCAGCUGGCGGCGAGCCUUGACGGCAAGAUCCUAGAUCUUUCAGAUCUUUUCAACGGCUUCGCCGAUCCCGGCAACUACUACGACAUCUGCCUGCUCAUCUACCACCAUGCAGAUUAUCGAAACGGCACAACUAUCAACAAAACAUGGAGCGACCUGAUCGAUCAACUGCACACUGAAGUCCUCGAGGCUGAAGAAGCAAUCGAAAGCGCCAGAAACGAAGCGACGAUGAGUGGCACUGCACCGCCAAAUCUACCUCAACCCCCGAAGCCCUAUGAGUCCAUCUCAGCAAAGAUCCAGAACAUUGCCCAUCAUACUUCGCUAGACAGCUUCGUCUUCCCCUUCCACAUGCUUCUCCCAAAGCUCGUGCAGUACUCCGUCGCGGAGGGGCAAGACAACCGCAUCGGGGCGCACGCCUGCUGGCCGGCCCAGCUGUUCAUCAGUCUUGAUGUUUCCCACAAUAACAUUGUUAAAGCCCUUGAGGCUGCGCUCGAGACCCCUGGGGGCAACUACAACCACCAAGGCAGCAUCCGCGUUCGUCUUGUCGAACUCAUCGUUUACGCAGUAGACGACUGGGUCGCAGAUCUCCGACGCCGCGGCGGCUCUAAGCAAGCCGGUACGAUAACACAGUCGGUCACGGAACUCCUACAACGGUGCGAGGGACAGCUUACACCGCGGACCAACAACCCAGGUGGCGCAGAUAUUGCAGAUCUCAGGGGCACGUUGAGGACGCUGCUCAGAGAGGUUGGCGCAUUGGCGGACAGAGCACCAAUGAGCAGCCUGCGGUAUUUGUAA